AUGGCUGUGACAGCUCGUGUCCUAUUGGCGAUAGCCGUUCUGUGUGGACUGGCUGUGGAGGAAGGUUGGGGACGUACCCACCGUCUCCAAGUCCAAGCCGGCCGCAUCGUAGGGGGACGAAAUGCCACCAUCCAAGAGUUCCCUUACCAGGUGUCGCUGCAACGCAAGUACGCCAUCGGCGACGGCGGCAGCCACUUCUGCGGUGGUUCCAUCAUCGAUGCCCGUCACGUGCUCACUGCUGGUCACUGCCUCUACGCAUAUUACGACGUGCUGGACCAAGUGAUAGUGUCAGCUGGCAUGACCAACGUCAGGGACUUCGAUGACCCGAACCUUCAGACCCAGGCAGCGGAGGCGGCAUUCAUCCACGACGGCUUCGACAACGAUAAGCUCACAUACGACAUCGGAAUCCUUAGAGUGAGUGUCUGCAGUAUACUGUAUGUAUCUGAUAGCGAAGGCGUUCCCACAUGUAAGGUGGCGGGGAGCUUCAACCUGGACGGGACUUACGUGGCAGCAGCCACGCUGCAGAACAGCACGCCUCCUGCGGGAACCAUCUGCACCAUCACCGGCUGGGGGUACGUUGAACAGGACGGAUAUUAUGUGCUGCCUGCGAUCCUACAAGCCGUAGAUCUGCCACUGAUUUUGUCAGACGAGUGCGCCGAGUUGUACGCCAAUUACGACGACCCUGACGCCGAAGUACGAGCGGACAACAUCUGUGCUGGACUGGAGGAAGGAGGAAAGGACUCCUGUAACGGAGACAGUGGAGGACCGAUGACGUGUGGUGGUGCGGUGACGGGGCUGGUGUCCUGGGGUGACGAGGUGUGCGGCAUCCCCCACUACCCUGGGGUCUACACCGACGUGGCCACCUACUCUGACUGGAUCGCCGAUACCCUCGCUGCCAGUUACGCAGAGAUAUCUCUCAAGAAACUGCAACAGUAGCUGCCUGCAGCACUGACCGUC